AUGAAUGAUCGAUUGUCUCGUAUAUAUAAUCAAGGAAGUAUUGUCACAGUUGACUCCCGAGUAUCUUUGAUCACAAAAAGUCUACAAACAAACAUAUUGGUAUCUAAACCAAUGGUACUUAGACGUUCUACUAAAAGAGCUGCUCCAAGGAAAUCUGAGCCUGCUCCCGAAGAAAGGUCUUUCGUUAACCCAUCGUCUGUCAGCCUGCAUCUCUUCUGUCCUAUAUGCCAGGAGGCAUUUUCUAAUCCUCAACGUGCACCAUGCGGCCAUUCAUUUUGCAAAAGUUGUAUCGACCCGUGGAUUCGUGACUCGCCUACCUGUCCGGUUGAUCGUUUGCCUAUCCCAAAAGGAUCCAUGCACCAUGAUUUCAUAGUUGAAAAUAUAAUAGGCGAAUAUAUGGUAUCAUGUCCUUGGCGUUCUCUAGGAUGCGAUUUUAUCGGUCGCUUGUGCGUUCUACCCAGUCAUAAAAAAACGUGUCCAAUGAAUCCUGAACUUCUUCCUGCAGAAUUACGUAAUCGUGUUAUGGCUGGUUUACAAAAUACAACAACAAACAGAAAUCAAUCUUCAGACUUGAAUUGUUAUUCUUAUAAUGAAAAGUUAUCGAAAGCUCGACAGGAACCUGCCCCUCCCUAUCGAGCUUUCGAUGACUUUUCAUUAUAA